AUGAUUCAAAGGGCUGAAAGUUGGCCAAGACUUUACGGGGCAGGUGAUGCAGCCCAGUCGGCAAAGGGAGUGCGCAAAAUGCCGGAGGGUUACAUUGGAGAGACGGGCGAAUGGGGUAUCGUCUUGGUCUCGUUAGCAGAAAUCCAUAAUGUUUGCCCCCUUUAA